AUGGCUUCUUAUCAACAAAGCACAUUUCAGAGUUCUGUAGUUUCUAGUAUUUAUGCUGAAAAACAUUUACAUUCCUUUGAACCAGUCAUGAUUAAUAUUAGGGUAUCACCGACAGUCAAUUACAACAAUCAGAAGCUAUCAUCAAUCCAACUCAAAAUAUGCAUGCAAGACAUAUCAGCACUAUUUAGCAAGAUAUAUACAGUAACUGUUGCCAAAUCACCAUUAAAUGCUUCUCCUAGAGCUUUAUCUGAUGUUACGUAUCGUUCACAUGACACUCGUACUGAAUUAACAAAUCUUAGUGAUCCGGAUAACGAUCAAGCUGAGUUGGAUGAAUUGAUGAGUUUAUCGUCUGAUCCAAAGGUCCAAAGAAAGUUUCUCGAUCUUCGAAUUUCAAACAAAUCACUUCUGGUUCUUAAUGCUACACUGGAAUCCACUGUUAAAGAACAAACGGAUAAAAUUGCUACAAUGCCAUCAUUUGAAGUAAUGAUGGAGACACAACAAAAGCAAUCUGAAUAUCUUAAUAAAAGAAAACGUAAUAAUGAAAAAGAAAAGGCACCCUACGAUCCAAAUUCUCCUCCAUUAAAAUCUCUUCCACGUGUCAUUUUUUACAGAGUAGCAAUAUCGGCCAGACAAUUUGCUGAUAAGUCCAGAGAAAAGAUUCAAGGAAUAUUAAUAUCAAAUUGA